CUCAUUUUUCUAUUCCUCCACGCGAGACGGAUUUACACUGCAGUCCUCCAUCUUUACAAUAAUACACUUGUGUCCACGCUGGAUUUCCAAAUAUAUAAGUAAUUUGGAUUGAAACGUGCUAGUUUUGAGUCGAGUCUUCUAUCCUCCUGUGAUUUUUACGUCUCACUGUUGUUACUAAAGACUGAGGUAACUCCGGGUGCAGCUUCAACAUGCAUGGAAGCCCCAUGGGUAAGCCGGGCUAAGACAACCAGAUGGUACGAAGUGUCUAGUCUUUUUGAGAGAAAAGAGAUGACUAAAAAACAAUUGAGCGUUUGAGAGAUGUAGAAUAGGGGGCAAUUGCAGGUCAGAGCUUUACUCACAUGGGCCAUGAAAUCUGAUAUGAUAAUAAAAAAGGAGAAUUUGGUUACAGUUAUGAUGAGUUAGGGUUCCUGAUUUGGAUUGGCGUUUUAGGAUCUGGCUAAUAAUGACAAGCCUCUCCCAGUGCCUAUGUGGGCAGUCAUUGUUGGUAUCUCCUCCAUCUGGCGCUUUGCGUACUACAAAAUUUAGGAAUUGCAAUGCCAGAUUAUUUGGGCGUGUGGGUCUUUCUUCAGUUAGAAGACAGAGCACUAUCAGACCCCUUUACCCUGUUAGCUGGUGGCAGGAAGAUGGUUCUGCUACUUCCAAGUCUUCAAAACAGAAAUGGCAGCUUUUCUGUUGUUUAAGAGGCAAAUCAAGUGAUCCAACGGCUUCCAGCACUAAUUCUGAGAAUCUUUCACAAGAAUCAAACAAUAAUGACACUACCGCAUCACACUUUAUUUUGAAGCAGAUUCAAAAGCUACGAAAGGUAGAUCUGGCACAUGCAAUUCUUGGGUUCUCAAAGAGAGAUGAAAUAUGGAGAGUACCAUGGACUAAACAAACCAUUUUCCAGGUUAUUUUUCUUUGGUACUCUGCUUUCUGGCUUGUUGGAUUCUGGAUAAUUCCAAUGCUGGCUUAUGCUACUGGUUUUAACAAAGAAUCUCUGUCAUACAGAGGCCAAGCAUUAUAUAGUCUUGUAAUAGAUCUUGUUGAGGGGACAGUUGGAAUGACCAUAUUGUAUCGAUGCUUACUUCGUGACCAUCCUUUUCCGUAUAAAUUUUUCAACAUCAGCUGGAAAGGAGAUUGGUUCAUUAAUGCUUGUUUAGGGUGCUUGAUGUUCCCUUUGACACACCAGUUACAAAGAUUGAAUCUAAACUUACUGCCAGUUUCCCCCUCAUUAACAGCAUCUAGUAUUGUAGACCAAUCAAAACUGGUUCGAGAUCCUAUUGCUAUGCUUCUUUACGCUGCAGUUGUUUCUAUUUGUGCACCUAUAUGGGAAGAGAUCAUUUUUCGAGGUUUCCUUUUGCCUUCUCUGACUCGCUAUAUGUCCAUAUGGAGCUCUAUUUUUGUCAGUGCCGUUGCAUUUGCUCUAGCACACUAUAGUGUCCAGCGUUUUCUUCCCCUCACAUUCUUGGGUCUUAUAAUGGGCAUUGUUUUUGUACGUUCCCGCAAUCUUCUUGCAUCCGUUCUCUUGCAUAGUUUGUGGAAUGCGUUUGUGUUCUUGGAACUAUUCGUGUGAUGUUUUUGCCCAAUAUAUUUUUGGAUGUGCACUGUACAAAAACAGUAAAGAGGAACGCCAACUGCAAGGCAUUGUAGCAAAUCAAGAUUCUUAUAUCUCCAUUCUUAUUCAUUUUCUUGUAAUCGAGUCUAUAUGUUUUGAGAUUUAGUAGUGCUUCCUCUUUAUUACCGAAUAAUGGUAAUAAAAUUCCCAGGGAGUGCUUAUAGGAGAGUGUAGAUAUUGAUUUUGUUUUAUUAAAAUUUGAUUUAGUAGUUUUGUUCUACUAAUACUUCUGUAACUCAAGCUUGCCAGGAAAAAUUCUUGGUAUGAUGAAUUUUCAAUCAUGUAAAGACUCAAAGCCCUCGUAGGCUCCAUCUGGCAUCAAAUACAAUACGCAUUUCUGAUUA